UGCGUCAGCCUCACGCGCGGGGAAGGAAGCCGACUCGAGGCCCCGGGCGGCCCGCUGCGGGCGCCUAGGCACGUCCGCAGGCUCCGCCGGGAGGUGGCGGCCGCUGAGAGGCGGGAGAGCCGAGGGCGGGCCUGGGAGGCGGCCCGGAGGUGGGGCGCCGCCGGGGGCCGGCCCGCGCGGGCUUCAUCUGCGGACGCGCGGCCUGCGCCCGAGUGCUGGGACCGCGAGGCGCCGGGUGACGAUCGGCUAGAGCGGCUAUGGGCCGCCGCUGGGUCUUCCUGAUCGGCCUCGUGGGGGCCGUGUGGCUGCUCGGCUCGGGUCAUGGUGGGCAGCAGCCCCCUGUGACGGCGGCGCAGAGGUGCUUCUGCCAGGUUAGUGGUUACUUGGAUGAUUGUACCUGUGAUGUUGAAACCAUCGAUAGAUUUAAUAACUACAGGCUUUUCCCGAGACUACAAAAACUUCUUGAAAGCGACUACUUUAGAUAUUACAAGGUAAACCUGAAGAGGCCGUGUCCUUUCUGGAAUGAUAUCAGCCAGUGUGGGCGAAGAGACUGUGCUGUCAGGCCUUGUCAGUCGGAUGAAGUUCCUGAUGGAAUUAAAUCUGCAAGCUACAAGUAUUCUGAGGUAGCCAAUAAUCUCAUUGAAGAAUGUGAACAAGCUGAACGACUUGGAGCUGUGGAUGAAUCUCUGAGUGAGGAAACGCAGAAGGCUGUUCUUCAGUGGACCAAGCAUGAUGAUUCCUCAGACAACUUCUGUGAAGCUGAUGACAUACAGUCUCCUGAUGCUGAAUAUGUAGAUUUGCUCCUUAAUCCCGAGCGCUACACGGGUUACAAGGGGCCAGAUGCUUGGAAGAUUUGGAACGUCAUCUAUGAAGAAAACUGUUUUAAGCCACAGACAAUUAAAAGACCUUUAAGUCCUUUGGCUUCUGGUCAAGGGAAAAGUGAAGAGAACACUUUUUACAGUUGGCUAGAAGGCCUCUGCGUAGAAAAAAGAGCAUUCUACAGACUUAUAUCUGGCCUGCAUGCAAGCAUUAAUGUGCAUUUGAGUGCACGAUAUCUUCUACAAGAAACUUGGUUGGAAAAGAAAUGGGGACACAACAUUACAGAAUUUCAGCAGCGAUUUGAUGGAAUUUUGACUGAAGGAGAGGGUCCAAGAAGGCUUAAGAACUUGUAUUUUCUCUACUUAAUAGAAUUAAGGGCUUUAUCUAAAGUGGUACCGUUCUUUGAGCGCCCAGAUUUUCAACUCUUCACUGGAAAUAAAGUUCACGAUGCAGAAAAGAAAAUGCUGCUUUUGGAAAUACUUCAUGAAAUCAAGUCAUUUCCUUUGCAUUUUGAUGAGAAUUCCUUUUUUGCUGGGGAUAAGAAAGAAGCAAACAAACUGAAGGAGGACUUUCGACUGCAUUUUAGAAAUAUUUCAAGAAUCAUGGAUUGUGUUGGUUGUUUUAAAUGUCGACUAUGGGGAAAGCUUCAGAUUCAGGGUUUGGGUACUGCUCUGAAGAUUUUGUUUUCUGAGAAAUUGAUAGCAAAUAUGCCAGAAAGCGGGCCCAGCUAUGAAUUCCAUCUAACCCGACAAGAAAUAGUAUCAUUAUUUAAUGCAUUUGGAAGAAUUUCCACAAGUGUGAAAGAAUUAGAAAACUUCAGGAAUUUGUUACAAAAUAUUCAUUAAAGAAAACAGAAAACAAGUUGAAUUGUGCCUGUUUCUGAACUAUGAAGGCCAAAGAGUGGAAUUUCAUUCAGAGGCAUAAGAGCAAUGACAUUCUUAAGCCAAACAUUUUAUAUAAAGCUGCUUUUGUAAAAGGAGAAUUAUAUUGUUUUAAGUAAACAAUUUUUUUUUAAUUGUGUUAAGUUUAUGUAUAAUAUUGUGAGUAAAAGUAACGCUUUGAUGAUGUGGUACAAAUUUUAAAGUUUAAUAUUGAAUAAAAUCAGGACUAUCAAAUUCAUAUGUGUUAAAACUAAGUAAAUGUAAGUCUCUCAAGAAUUUUGUGUGAGAAGAUGUAAUAUAAAUAAAGCUAUGGUCAGUGUGUUGAGCAUUUAAUAGGAAAAUGCUAAGGGAGGCUCAUGAAUAAUCCAUAAUUAACAACCUAAAAGUUUUCAAUACAUUUACAGUUACCAGAUAUAGUAAACAAAAAUACAGAAUGCCCAGUGAAAUUUGAAUUUCAGAUAAACAAUAAUUUUUUAAUAUAAGUGUGU